UUUUAUCAGUACAUUCCGAAUCAUGGACGGCUACGAGACCAAGCUAAUGAAGAAGCAGCAGGAGAUGGAAGUCUACAUCGUGGCAGAAACUAAAAAGAAUACGGCAGCGAAUGCUAAAGAUUCCCAUAAGUUAUUGGGCAAGCGUGCCGGCAAGACCAUUCUGACAGAUAUGAUGAAGGAUUCCAAGAAGAAAAAGUUUAAAAAGCACGUGGGCAAGGGUUUCGAGAAGCCAAAGCCAAAAAAGAAUGCUCGAUGGAGCGACCCUUUGACCGAAACCAUCAUAAACAUGAUGGUAUCUAAGAAGAACCAACAGCAGGAGCUUCAGAAGAAAGAAGAAGACCAGAAAGAACCUAAAUGCAAGUCACCAUGGAAGCCUCCUGCCACUCCUCAGCGUAGGCAGCCCUGGAGAAAGCCACCCAAUACGCCAGCCAAGCCGAGGGCGUUCUUCAAGCAAGUUAAGGCUCCAAAGGAUACAAAUACAAAAUCCCCAGCUCCCAAGGGCUUCAUAGACGACAAUGAUGCUUGGCUGAAUCCCAAAAAGGGAAAGAAGGUUCCAGAACUCGAGUCUGAGGAGGAUGAGGAUGAUGAUGUGAAAGAGUCCUCCUUCUCCUCUGAAGAUAAAGACUCCUCCUCCUCUGAAGAUGAAGAAGAGUCCUCCUCCUCUGAAGAUGAAGAGUCCACCUCCUGUUCUUCAUCUUUAUCGUCGUCCGGUGAAGACACCGCUCAGGUCGGCAAACUGGCCGAUCUUUCCGACAUUGAGGCCAAUUUGGAGAAUGACUUUGACAUUUCCGGGGACGAACAUGUCAACAAAAAGCUUAAGAAGCGUGAGGCCAAGGACGUUAUCUUGGUUUUGUCAGAUUUCAAGAAUUAUCGCCAGGCCGAUCGUUCUCGCGGGAAGUACAUUGAGCUGGUGCGCCAGGAUUUGUGCCUGCACUACAGCUACAAUGAGUUUUUGAUGGAGAAGCUAAUGGACAUGUUCCCGCUAACUGAACUCGUGGAGUACCUCGAGGCCUCGGAGGUGGCCCGUCCACUAACCAUUCGCACCAACACUCUGAAGACACGACGUCGAGACUUGGCCGCUGCUCUCAUCAAUCGUGGCGUCUAUUCGGAUCCCCUGGGCAAGUGGACCAAGGUGGGACUGGUGGUCUUCAACUCGACGGUGCCGCUGUGUGCCACACCCGAGUACUUGGCCGGUCACUACAUGUGCCAGAGUGCCUCUUCGCUGCUGCCGGUAAUGGCGCUCGCUCCGCAGGAGAACGAACGCAUCCUGGACAUGUGCUCGGCCCCUGGUGCCAAGGGAGCGCACAUUGUCUCGAUUAUGAAGAACACCGGUAUGCUGAUCGCCAACGUCUUCAAUCGGGAUCGCGUCAAGGCUACCCAGGACAAUUUCCAUCGGCUGGGCAUUGUGAAUGCGAUCAUCACCUGCGAGGAUGGUACCAAGUUCAAGAAAAUUAUCAACGGCUUCGAUCGCGUUCUGCUCGAUGCUCCCUGCACCGGCACUGGUGCGGUCUCCAAGGAUCGCAGUGUGAAGACCACCAAGUCGGAGUUGGAUGUCCAGAGGUGUUGCGACCUGCAGCGUAAACUCCUGCUCUCGGCCAUUGACUGUGUGGACGCAAAAUCGAAGACCGGUGGAUUUAUUGUAUACUCCACCUGCUCCGUGCUGCCGGAGGAGAAUGAGUGGGUCAUCGACUACGUGCUUAAGAAGCGCAACGUCAAGCUGGUGGAUACCGGCCUGAACUUUGGCGUCAAGGGCUUCACAAAUAUCCGCCAGCACCACAUCCAUCCCAGCUUGAAUCUAACCAGGCGCUACUAUCCGCACACCCACAACAUGGACGGAUUCUAUGUGGCCAAGCUGCAGAAGUUUUCCAACACCAUACCGCUGACUAAGGAGCAGCAGGAGGAAGACGAGGAGCAACUGGAGACCGCCAUCGAGGAGGAGGCGGAAGCUUGUGACAAGGUUCCCCGCAAGCUAUUGGGCAAGCGUGCUGGCAAGCCUAGUCUCACAGAUAUCGUGCAGGAUCUAAAGAAAAAGAAGUUGGAGGAGACCAAGACCAAGUACGUGGUCAAGGUGUUCGAGAAGCCCGUCAAGGCGUUCAACCAGCCAAAGCCAGAGAAGCAGCAGGAGAAGGCGGUGCUAACCAAUGGCAAUGGUUCUUCUAAAGCAGAAGGGAAGGCAUCUAAGAAGCGACAGCAGGAGCUACAGAAGGUGAACAAAGCCCCGGAAACAGAUCAGAAAGUGCCUAAAAGCGAAUCACCAUCCAAAGUAUCCAAGUCAAAGGUAAAUGGUAGCGCUUUUUCCGCGUCGCCUGAGCGUAAGCAACCUUUGACGAAGACCCUUUCCAAGCUAGUGAAGUCCCCAAACAAAGUCAAAGAAGUGGCCAUGCUGGAAGGUAAGCCAAUAAAGAAGAGAAACAACCUGAAGAAAAAGCAGGUGGGGCAACUGAAGAAGUCGAAGGCUGGCUGGAAACAGGGAAAAAAGCAAAAGAUCAAGAAGUGAACCACAAGGAUCCCUGUUCCUGUUUUAUAUUGAGAACUUUCUUAGCCUAAAUUCGAUUUUAAAAUACAGCAGUGCUGUAAUUAACAAUCGAUAUAAA